ACCUCUAUAACCAGUAGAUCUCUCUCUCAAACAGGCAACAUCCGGUAACCGGUCAUCCUCUUCACUUCUCUCUCUCACAGUCAAAAGUUUCUGAUAUAAAGAAGGGAAUCGAAUCUCGUAAUGGCGUUUCAUUAUAAUUAUCACAUUUUCUUCUAUAAAGCAUAAUAGUUAGCUAGGGUUUAGUGAGUUUUACUUUGGGUACAAUGAAAAGGGCAGAAGGAGGAGGUGAACAAAAGGAAGUAGUUUCUCUUGAAACUCUCAGUAAGAAAAUGGAUGAUUUUGCAAAAGCUAGAGACUGGGAGAAAUUUCACAGCCCAAGGAAUCUCCUCUUAGCGAUGGUGGGUGAAGUGGGAGAGCUAUCAGAGAUAUUCCAAUGGAAAGGGGAAGUGGCAAGAGGACUUCCAGAUUGGAAAGAAGAAGAGAAAGUGCAUCUUGGAGAAGAGUUAUCAGAUGUGUUGCUGUAUUUGGUGAGGCUUUCUGAUGCGUGUGGGGUUGAUUUAGGCAAAGCCGCUCUGCGCAAGCUCGAGCUCAAUGCCAUCAAGUACCCAGUCAAACAAACUGAUCAUUCAAGCAGCAAUAUCAACUUGAAAGAAGAAAAUUAAUGAUAUAAGAGUUGUCUCUUGCUUGUACAACGUUUCCAUUGGUCUCUGUAUUUGCUUUCCCUGUCUCUUGCACUGAACUUUUGUGUAUUGAUAUAAGAGCUGACUUUUUUU